AUGUCCGGUCGAAGUGCCUACGUGCGCAAGAAGAUCACCCAGCCAGAGAAGGACAAGGCGAGGGCAAGGACAAACACGGGCCCCGUCGGAGACCAUGACGAGGUUCAGAUACCCGACUUCCCCCUGCCGCAAACGGGCGGCACACUACCCGUUGGGACCGGCAUUGGCACCACCAACGCCCGCUUCCUGAAGUUCUCGGAGCCGCCCCGCGAUAGCAAGAUCAGCACGCCCAGUAUCGGCAGCGGGAGUGGGAGCAGCGCCGAUGGUCGUCGGGAUGGGACUGUCGGGCCAUUAGACGACUUCGCGUACGCUCGGGCUCGGAGGCCCACUAUCAAGACGGAGGAUGUGUCCGGCAUCGAGAAGUCUGGCCUACGCAGCAGGCUCGACAAGAGGAGCGACGACGUCAGGAGAGGCUUGGCCAAGACCUUCACCUUCAAGCGUAAGGACAAGGAGCCCGAGUUCCGACCAGAGUCGGUGGCUACCGUGAGGCCGAAUCAGUACCACUCGGCUCCCAUGUCGCCCACUGAGCCCGAAUACACGUAUGAGCAGUUCAAUAUCGACACAAUGCAGCAGAUGCAGAUGCAAAUGCAGAUGCAGCAGCAACAGCAGCAGCAGCAGCAACAACAACAACAACAACAACAACAACAUCAUCACCAGCAGCAGAUGCGUUACCAGGAGAUGGACCUGCCCAUGUCACCACCUCCGGCCGCGAAACUUCCUCCGGUACCCACGACGCCUCCCAUCAAGCGAUGGAUCGGCGCUGGUAGACCAAUUCAAAGGUGGAAUAAGCUUCGGAAGGAUCCCGAACUAUGGGAUCCCAAUGGAGAUGUCCUUGUCUUCUUCGGUCACAAGGGCCAGAAUCCACGGCCUAAUCCGUCCUUCAGGUUAUCGUCGCAUAUUAUCGAGGCAACCGAAUCGAGGUAUCUCAUCACCCUGCUCCGCGAAGGCACCACGGAAGAGGAUAUCUACAUGCCACCAUCGCCACAGGGUGCGCCGCCAAUGCUACGGCCACACAUGGGUCGGGGUCAACCGACGCCGCCCAUCUCCGAAGACCUUGGAGAAGCCGACGGCCAGAUCUCGUACGAGAUGUACUUCCCCACACCAGCCAACAUGACCAAGCUUGAACAACUCCGGGGCCAGAUCACGACGAGAAAUGUUUUCGCCCUUCUUUACCACGCAUCGCUCGUCGGUCUGUCGUUACAUCAAGCCCUGGCGGACCUUCACAUGCGGCUGGACGCGUACAUGCCUCCGGACUCGGAUAAUGUCGGCAUGAUUCUCAACUUCCUGUCCGCUCGUGGCAUCGAUGACGUCCGCAACGACCCCGAGACGGCAGUGAGCUUGCUGGCAUGGUCCGAAGGACAAGCUGUGCGGUGGGAGGAGGGUUGGCGGGAGAGCUUCUUGCACUGCGCCGGCAUGUACAGCCAGCUGGAACAGUGUGCCGACUUCAAGGAGCUCACGCCCAUCACCAGGGCGCUUCUGGAGCGUGCCUGCCUCGAGACGCAACUUCGUAUCCAAGCCGCCGAAGAGCGCCUAGCUGAGUUCCAGUAUGGCGACAUGUGGCCGGCCGGUGUGACUGGUCCGGCCAAAGCUGCGGCCGACCGUCUGCAGAAGUUCCUUCUGAACCACUACUCGCAAACUCACGGAUGCUGGCCGCCGGCGCCGACUUCUGGCCUGCCGGACUCGGACGGAGAAGACAUGUGGCUCACGAGGAGCGUGGCGCAGUCCAUCCAGAAGGACUUUGGUGCCCUCUACGACUACCUCGUCAACCGAGACAUUGUCUGGGACAUGUCGGAGGCGCGUUCGGGUCGCAAGUGGAUGAUGCAGAGCGAGAAGGACAAGGGAUUUGACGCCGACAUUGACAUUCCCAUGACGGACAUGCUCGUCGAAUACGACAACAAGCUGCGCUUUCCGCACAUUCCUCAUCCAUAUCCCCUGGUUCCCGAGUCCAUCAUACCGGCGCCGAGUCCGAAGGAGACGGGCAUGUUCAAAAAGAAGAACGGGGCGGCAAGUCACAACGGGCGAGGCGGCGCCCUGGAGAGACGAGUGCAGCUGGCGUACACCGAGGCCACCAAUAUAUACAUUCUGGGAUCGGACUUCACGCAGUCCGACCUCAUCGACUCGUUCGUAAAGUUUGAGAAGAGCGACAGCAUCACCGAGGUCGACCCGGCAGUGGCCAGGCGAGGGCGGUGGGUCCUGAUCUACGGCAUCCUCCAGACUCUCGCCAGCGUCUCCGUCGACGCGCCGAACGUACGGUAUCGGGAUGACGUCCCGUAUCACCUGUCUCCUCGUCUCAAGGGGACCAGAGUACCGCCGUGGAAGGGAUCAGGGAUGCCGAACGAAGCGUCGCAUGAGCUGUCACAUUGCUGGGUGGUCCAAAACACCUGGAACAACCAAAACAGCAGCGGUGCCGAGAGCUCUGGCGGCUCGGGGAACACCAGCCCCGUCCAGGGUGUCGGGCGACCGUUCGCGUACUCGCGAGCCCCACCGUCCACGACGUCGCGGGGCUCCGGGUACCAGACUCCGGCGGCCCGGUCCGUUCACUCGGCAGGGUCGGCACCACACUUCAGCUCUGCGUACAGCGUCGUCAGCGAGAGCGAUACGAACAGCAGCGUUCGCACGCCCGCCUCAAGCAGAGCCGGGGCCAACAUGCGGAGGGCCCAGUCCAGGGACAACGUCAAGACUCUCGGCAGCGGGGCCGGCAGCCUGCGCAGCGCCACGACGUUCGGCGUGGACCGUGCCGAGAACACGGAGCUGCCGGUGCGCCGACGGGACUACGGUUCCCAGAACGACAGCGGCAGUGCUUAUGGCGGGUACGCGCGGUCCAACACGUCGAGCCAUGCGCAACUGCCCCUGUCGGGUAGCAUUACGGGGUCGGGGGGAUUCCUUGUGCUCGACGACGUGGUGGACUCGAGGAGCUCGCGGAGCGGGCGCAGCCGGCAGGUGCGGGAGGGGUCGGAGACGGACAGCACGACGCCGCGAAUCCGGGACUUUGACUUGGACGUGAUUGACGACCACGAGCCGUGA